AGAAAAUUUAAAAUUAUCAAAUUUUGUAAUUAAUUAUAUUUUGUAGAAAAUAUAUUAGAAUAUAAAAAAGCUAUAAAAAAAAGAAGAAAAAAACUAAAAAUGUUAACUGCAUUAGAAAAAAUUGAUAUUUUUGGUGUUGGAAUAAACAUCAUGUUUAAUUAAUAGAACAAGCACAAGACAAGAUUUGGUGGAUUCAUUACAGUUAUUAUUGUAACGCUCCUUUCUCUUCUUUUUCUAUCUUCUAUAUAAGAAAUGAUUUACAAAACAAAUCCUUCAGUGAUUUAUGAGCAGUAAAUUGUUUCUAACCCCUCAAGAUACAAUUUAACAACAAAUAAUUUUUCGUUUAUGGUUACUCUCCUUGAUUCAACAUUUAAUCCAAUAUAUGAUGAAACAAUAUACCGAAUCGAAGGAAACUUUCUUUAUAAGCUGCCUACAAUUAAUCCAGAUGGAUCAGAAGGUACUGCUCAAUUUUAUAAUAAGGCUAUUGAAAUGGAAUUAUGCACAGAAAAGAGCUUCUAAGUUGAAAAUGCCAAAGAUUAUUUCUUAAACCUUCCAUAUCAAAAGAUGUACUGCUUUAAAAACAUAGAUGAUUUUUACUUAGUUGGAUAAUUUGAAAUGGAUAUCUUUUCUGUUAUUUAAAUUAAUGUAAUUCCUUGUGAUGAUUAAGAUCCUUAAAAUAAAAUAAAAUGCAUGGAAAAAACAUAAAGAGAUUAAAUUUUAUCUAAAACAUUAUUACAAGUAUACUAUACUACAUAAGUAGUUUAAGUUAGCAACAAUAAAUAACCAUUUAACUCUAUUGGUGCAACCUAUUUUUGGGAAACAAAUAUUGAUUUUUUGCAAAAUAUCAAUUUGCUUUAUAUUAAAACUUAUGUUGAAGACAAUUAAGGUUUAAUUUUUGAUGAUGUUAAAACCUAAAAUUCUUUACUGUUCAGCAGCGAGCGUAUGAUGAUGUCUAGUAAAAAAGAUUUCUCAAUUUAUCAAAUAAGUCUUUACUUAGAGAAAAAUAAAGAAUAAAAAUAUCUUAGAAAAUAUUUAAAAAUAUCAGAAGCUUUUUCUUAAGUAGGUGGAAUUUUUAAUGUUCUUUUUAUGAUUGGUUGUAUAAUAGCUUAACCGUAUUCGUAAAUGUAGCUAAAUAGAAAACUUUUUAAUUCGACUUUUCAAAUAAGCAAAGAAAUUUUUGGUAGUACAGAAAUUAAUAAUUAAAUUGGUGGAGGUGAUAAUAGUCCUUCAAAUAAAAAGGAAGAGUAAGAUAACAAAAGAAAAUCAUAAGAAUAAUUAAAUUAGAAAAAAUCACUUGUAUCUCAAAUUCUGUGCAAAAAGAAAUCUUAAAGUAUUACAAAUAAAAAAUAAGAACUGUAAACUAAAAAAACUUCAACAAAUGAAAUAAGUAAAUAUAAAGAUCAAAAGCAAGCAUCAAAUAAAGCAAACGAUAGCAGUAUCUUAGACAUGAUUAAAACUUAACUCAGCGAAGUGUAGAUAAGUACUAAAGAAUACUUUCUUUUUUACUUUAAUUGCUUUAAAUCUUACAAAUCAUAAACAUUAGAAAUGAUUGAUUAUGGAUCUUAGUAAGUUUUGAAUUAUAUAGACAUUUGUUUUAUUAUUAAUAAGAUCAUAGAAUUAGAAAAGCUUAAAACUGUCCUCCUGAGCGAUCAAUAAAUUAAAUUGUUUGAUUUUAUUCCUAAACCAAGUAUUGACUAUUAGCUUGUAAAACAAAUGAAAUAAGGAGAUUAAUAAGCUGAUUUACUUAGAAAAAGUUAAUAUUAAUUAAAUUAGAAAAAUAAAUUAAACAGCUUAGAAGAUUAGUUUUCUAUUUAUAACUUAAACAGCAAAAAUAAAAAUAUAAGGAGGCAAUUUAACAUUCUCUCUGUUUAAAAUAGAUCAUUUAAUGAGAAAGCAAAAGAAGCAUAAGUAGCUUUUAAUAACAUUAAUAAAAAUAAAGAUAAGUAAUCGAAAAUUGAUUUGAAAUUAAUUUAGAUGCUAGACGAUAAGCUGGUCCAACUUUUGGAUAUUAAUUUAUUUGAUGAAAGCACAGUUGGAGCUGGAACAAAGCUACAAUUUAAUAAUCUAUAUAAUAAAUCUACAAUGAGAAAUUUUCGCUCAUUUUCAAAUAACAUCAAAAUAGAUAUAUAAUCAGAUUAGAGCAUACCCUCAAGUAAAAAAUAAGUAUAUAUUAAAGAUAAAUUUUUGAGUGAAGAGAAAAAUGAAACUUCAUAAGAUAAAUAGAUAGAUAUUGUUUCAGAAAAUAUGGAAGCUUUUUCGUUCAAUCACUAAGCUAUCUUUAGCAAAAAUGAAAUAUCUGAAGUAAACGAACAAGGAAUUCAAAAUAUUUAAAAAGAGUAAGAAAGAUAUUUAGUUUCUUAUUAACCGUCUGCUAGAUGUGAUCUUAGAAGAUCUACUAUUCUAUGA